AACUGUUGGUUUGUUUUGAUUACAUCUAAACAGUGUGGACAAGCAAGCAUUUUGUACAUUAAACAUACAUUUAAAAGACCAAUAAAAGCACAGUGGGUGUCUUGUGUUUUCGAUUUUGUUUGACUUAUUCACAAAAAGCAACAUGGGAGACCGAAAUGACCAAACGUUGAUGGAUAAAUCGAUGCGAUCGGUUUUCGUCGGUAAUAUUCCAUACGAGGCAACGGAGGAAAAAUUGAAGGAUAUUUUCUGUGAAGUGGGUCCCGUGCUAUCACUGAAACUUGUGUUUGAUCGGGAGAGCGGCAAACCAAAAGGCUAUGGGUUUUGUGAAUACAAAGAUCAGGAAACAGCUCUCAGUGCUAUGCGGAACCUGAAUGGCUACGAAUUUGGUGGACGUGCAUUGCGAGUAGAUAAUGCUUGUACUGAGAAGUCACGCAUGGAGAUGGCUGCCCUGCUGCAGGGGCCCCAGGUGGAAAAUCCGUACGGCGAAGAGUGUGACCCCACCGCAACUCCUGAUGUAAUUGCGAAAGCAGUCACCAGCCUUCAGCCAGACCAAAUGUAUGAACUUAUGCGACAAGCGAAAGCUUGUAUCCAAAACGAUCCCGAUGAGGCGAGAACCAUGCUCCUUGAAAAUCCUCAGAUAACGUACGCAUUGCUGCAGGCGGCAGUAGUGAUGAGAAUAGUGGACGCACAUACGGCCGCCACAUUCCUUUAUGGCCGCAAUGAGAUGCCACCUGUGCUAAAGGAUGAUUCCACAAGCGUAGGCCCGACACCAGAGCCGCUAAAUCCUUUGUUUGGAUCAGACGGACUCGGUCCCAUGCCAAACUCUUUUCACGACAGCGACGAGCGGCAACUUUUGAAUGAUCGAAUGGCAACACCAAACAUGGACAUGGAUUUGAGACUCAUUGAUCCGUUCGUCGCACAUCGUGGCGCUGAUAUGAUCAAUUCUUCCAUGCCCGAUACGUUCCCGGCUGCAGAACAACGGCAACAGCGGCCCGUCGAUCCACGCUUGCAUAAAGAUCCCCGCCUGGAUGCGUCUGCCGGAAGCUCAAGUGGUAUCGGUAGCAUCAGUAAAGCCAUGCCACUUCCAAGUUUGGGGGGUCAAUCUAAGGAUCAUCCGCCGAAAACAGGCGCUACAAAUGAUGCAUCGGAUCAAGAAAAGGCAGCUUUGAUCAUGCAAGUACUGCAACUUUCUGACGAACAAAUCGCCUUACUUCCGGAAGACCAGCGCGCAAGUAUUCUAGUAUUGAAAGAGCAAAUUUCUCGAAAUACUCAAAAAUAAUACCUCCGUACAAACUAGAUGUUUGAGGAAUUUUAUGAAUAAACAAUUUUUG